GGGUGAAGACAUCUUAAGCCAGAGGAAUGACUCUCUAGUUGUGGAAUUUCAGUCAUCAGCCAGCAGAUGCAGGAGUGUCUAUGAACCAGAUAGAAAUGCGUUACGGAGGAAAGAACGAGAAAGAAGAAAUCAGGAAACCCAACAGGAUGAUGGCACAUUUAAUUCCAGUUACUCUCUCUUCAGUGAGCCCUACAAGACUAACAAGGGGGAUGAACUCUCCAACCGGAUCCAGAAUACUUUAGGCAAUUACGAUGAAAUGAAGGACUUUUUAACUGAUAGAUCCAACCAGAGUCACCUCGUUGGCGUUCCCAAACCUGGGGUUCCUCAGACUCCCGUGAACAAGAUUGAUGAACAUUUUGUUGCAGAUUCAAGAGCCCAGACCCAGCCCUCGUCUGUCUGUAGCACUGCAUCUUCCACACCAGCAGCUGUCCCCGUGCAGCAGAACAAGAGGGGUACCAUGGGCUGGCAGAAGGCUGGGCACCCGCCACCUGAUGGCCAACAGAGAGCAACACAACAGGGCUCUCUCAGGACCUUGCUUGGAGAUGGUGUUGGCAGACAGCAGCCACGGACCAAACAAGUGUGCAACAUGGAGGUGGGUCUUCAAACCCAGGAGAGGCCACCUGCCAUGGCGGCCAAGCACAGCAGCAGUGGACACUGUGUUCAGAACUUUCCUCCGUCCCUGGCUUCAAAACCCAGCCUGGUCCAGCAGAAACCAACCGCAUAUGUGCGGCCGAUGGACGGCCAAGAUCAGGCUCCUGAUGAAUCUCCAAAGCUUAAGUCAUCUACAGAAGCCAGUGUGCACUGCACGUCAUACAGGGGGGUCCCAGCCAGCAAGCCGGAGUCAGCCAGAGCCAAGGCCAAGCUUUCCAAGUUCAGCAUCCCCAAGCAGGGGGAGGAGAGUAGAUCUGCAGAAAGCAACAGCUGUGUUGAAGAAAUAAUUCGGGAGAUGACCUGGCUUCCACCACUUUCUGCUGCUAUUCAAGCCCCUGGCAAAGUGGAACCAAGCAAAUUUCCAUUUCCAAAUAAGGAUUCUCAGCUUGUAUCCUCCGGACACAAUAAUCCAAAGAAAGGUGAUGUCGAGCCAGAGAGUCCAGACAAUGGCACAUCGAAUACAUCAAUGCUAGAAGAUGACCUUAAGCUAAGUAGUGACGAAGAAGAGAAUGAACAGCAGGCAGCCCAGAGAACUGCUCUCCGCGCUCUAUCUGACAGCACCCUGGUGCAGCCGCCCAACUGCAGAGCCUCCGUGCCUUCCAGCAAGGGCAGCAGCAGCGGCAGCAGCAGCAGCAGCAGCAGCUCCUCCAGUGACUCAGAGAGCAGCUCUGGAUCUGACUCGGAGACUGAGAGCAGCUCCAGCGAGAGCGAGGGCAGCAAGCCGCCCCACUACUCCAGCCCCGAGGCUGAACCGGCAUCCUCUAACAAGUGGCAGCUGGAUAAAUGGCUAAACAAAGUUAAUCCCCACAAGCCUCCUAUUCUGAUCCAAAAUGAAAGCCACGGGCCAGAGAGCAAUCAGUACUACACCCCGGUGAAAGACGACGUGCAGGACUGUGGGAAGCUCCCCGACGUUUGCCAAGCCAGCCUGCGAGAGAAGGAGGUCAAGGGCGCCUGCAAGGAGGAGCAGAGGCCCAGGACAGCCAACAAGGCUCCGGGCAGCAAGGGGGUGAAGCAGAAGUCCCCGCCCGCGGCCGCGCCCGCGCCGCCGCCCGCCGCGCCCUGUCCUGCGGCCGCGGACGCACUGGGGGCCGGCGCGGUGGGGCCCCCAGAGCCCCCCAAAGCCAGGCCCUGCGGCAACGGCAGGACGAGCCACCGCAAGGAGCUGCGCUCCACGGUGACCUGCGAGAAGCGCCGCACGCGGGGGCUGAGCAGGAUCGUCCCCAAGUCCAAGGAGUUCAUUGAGACAGAGUCGUCCUCAUCCUCCUCUUCGGACUCGGACCUGGAGUCGGAGCAGGACGAGUACCCUCUGUCCAAAGCGCAGACCGCGGCCACCGCCGCCGCCGCCUCCGGGGUUGACCCGAGACUGAAGGAGGCGGCCAACAGCGUCAGCGGCGGCGGCCCCCGAGCCCCCGUCGGCUCCAUCAACGCCAGGACCACCAGUGACAUCGCCAAGGAGCUGGAGGAGCAGUUCUACACGCUGGUCCCCUUCGGCCGGAACGAACUUCUCUCCCCGCUGAAGGACAGUGACGAGGUCAGGUCUCUCUGGGUCAAAAUUGACCUGACCCUCCUGUCCAGAGUCCCAGAACACCUGCCUCAGGAGCCAGGGGUCCUGAGCGCUCCUGCGGCCAAGGACGCUGACAGCGCACCGCCGAGUCUCCCAUCGGACCCGCCGGCCGAAAAGGCUUUGCCAAAAUCCAAGAGGAAACGCAAGUGUGACAACGAAGACGACUACAGGGAGAUCAAGAAGGCCCAGACAGAGAAAGAGAGCUCUUCGAGACUGGCUGCCUCUGCCAAUAAUACUUUGUCUGCGAACCCUUGUAACAUGAACGUCAACAGCUUGGCAAUACCAAUAAAUAAAAAUGAAAAACUGCUCCGGUCACCCACCUCACCCCUCUCCGAUGCAUCUAAACACAAAUACUCCAGUGAGGACUUAACUUCUUCCGGCCGACCUCAUGGCAACGGUCUGUUCACUUCUGCCUCUUCCAACAAAAAGCAUAAGGCCGACAACCAGCCGCAGCCCCACGCCGGAGACCUCACGAAGGCAGCUCACAACAAUUCCGAAAACAUUCUCCUCCACAAGUCACGGCCGCAGACAGAGCCGUGGUCUCCAGGCUCCAGUGGCCACAGGGACUGCAAGAGGCAGAAACUUGUCUUCGAUGAUAUGCCUCGCAGUGCAGAUUAUUUUAUGCAAGAAGCUAAACGCAUGAAGCAUAAAGCAGAUGCAAUGGUGGAAAAGUUUGGAAAGGCUUUGAACUACGCUGAAGCAGCCUUGUCAUUUAUCGAGUGCGGAAAUGCGAUGGAACAGGGCCCCAUGGAAUCCAAAUCUCCGUACACGAUGUAUUCAGAAACAGUAGAGCUCAUCAGGUAUGCUAUGAGACUAAAAACCCACUCGGGCCCCAAUGCCACACCAGAGGACAAGCAGCUGGCUGCAUUAUGUUACCGAUGCCUGGCUCUCCUUUACUGGCGGAUGUUCCGACUCAAAAGGGACCACGCUGUCAAGUAUUCAAAAGCACUUAUCGACUACUUCAAGAAUUCAUCUAAAGCUGCCCAAGCCCCAUCCCCAUGGGGGGCCAGUGGAAAGAGCACUGGAACUCCAUCCCCCAUGUCUCCCAACCCCUCUCCCACCAGCUCCGUGGGGUCUCAGGGCAGCCUCACCAACGCCAACACCCUGUCCCCGUCGACCAUCGUCAGCAUCCCGCAGCGCAUCCACCAGAUGGCAGCCAACCACGUCAGCAUCACCAACAGUAUCCUCCACAGCUACGACUACUGGGAGAUGGCGGACAACCUGGCCAAGGAGAACAGAGAAUUCUUCAACGACCUGGAUCUGCUCAUGGGGCCUGUCACCCUGCACAGCAGCAUGGAGCACCUGGUCCAGUACUCCCAGCAGGGCUUGCACUGGCUGCGGAACAGCGCCCACCUGUCAUAGGGACCUUGCCUUUGAGCCAGAUUGUGCUCUCAUCUCCACGGACAGCUCAAUGUUCUGGACACUGUGCUACUGAAAUUCCAGGCCACAGCAUUUAUCAAACUGGUGAACAUUUUCUUGGCAUUGAACAACAGUCUUUUCCCAGGGCAUGUGUGUUUGUAUAUUUGGGUGUAUAAGAAGCUGCCUCUGUGUGUGUGUGUGUGUAUGAUACACAGCUCUUCAGAAGACAUUUUCUUUGUCUAGUUUCCAUAAUCCCAGGCUAGACAAAGUGACCAGACGUUUCUAAUUAGAGGAAAUAGACAUACACACACACGCGCACACACACAAUCACAGACACACACUUUCUGUUCCAGUGCUAAACCAUGACUUCUUAGAAAAUUCAACCAAAAUCUCAUGGGUUAGUUAACCAGGUGCAAUACAGAACACCAAAAGCUUGACUGCCAGUUAAGGUGAACCUAGCUCUUAUAUUAUCUAUUACUUUCAGUAUUAAUAUACUAGUCCCCAGUUAUUUUUUGAUUGCUGUGUAUUAAUGGGUAAUUGAAUAAUGAAAACAAGU